AUGUCUGUCCCUCCCCCACCACCUCCCCCUCAGAUUAAAUCUACCAGACCACCACCGAAACAGACCUGUGACUCUUCAGGUCCAGCGUUUUUGGCUGAUAUUAAGGCCGGCCGGACUCUUAGAAAAGUUCCAGAUUCUGAAAAGAAGGAUAGGAGUGCUCCUUUAAGGUCGAAACCAACAGAUCAAAAUAAUGAAGGCAGUGCUGGAGGUCCACCAGCACCUGUUAGUGGAAAUCUCCCACCUGUUGAUCUUUCAAAUCUUUUUGCAAAUGGUGUACCAAAAUUAAAAUCUGUUAGUUCAGCAGAUGUCGCACGUAAUAAUACGGUGCAGAAUUUAUCUACAAAACCAUCUAGUUAUGGGCACGUAAAAAGUCCUGCACCGCCACCUCCCCCUCCCUUAUUUACAACUACUGCAGCGUCUGUAGCUCCGAAUAACUACCCGUUGUCAACUCCUUAUACACUUUAUCAACAUUCAACUCCAACAGCAAAUAAUAAUGCCACAGCUGUUCGUAAUGGAUCAUCAGUACCAGCACCGCCAGCACCUCCUCCGCCUCCAACUCCUGCCAGACCGUCGAUUUCAAAAAGCAGUUCUAUUUCUUCAUCUAAUAACAAUAAUAAUAGUUAUCUUAGGCACAGUUUUCAUAAAAAAUCAUCUGAAAAUAAUCAGCCAAUGCCACCUGUUGUUCAGAGUCCACCUGUACAAGUUAUAAUGCUUUCUUCAAUACCAACAUCGUCAGCAACACCUUCAUCACCACCACCACCAAGAGUAACUCCUCUUCAGUUAGGAAGUAUAGCUACUGUACAUGAAAAUAAUAUUAAUGAUAUGAAUAGUAAUAGUACUGUUAAUAAUUUGAAUGGUACUACUGCUAUGCCUCCACCUCCAUCUGGACGUUCUCCACGACGAAAACAAAGUAGUUCAAAUCGAUAUCAGCGUGCCGGUUCAACAAAUGCAGAUGUAAAUGGUAUACCUGUUGGUCAGUCAACUAAAGUGAUACGUAUUUCAUCAAAUAUCAAUGGAAGCUUACCUGAUCCGCCAUCUACACCAUCUUCUAUUGUAAAUCCAUACUUACCUUCAUCUGUGUAUGAUAUGAACAAUUAUACAGUGAAUUCACGGGCACAUCCAACACCGCCGCCGCCUCCACCGCCACCACCUCAACAACUAUCAUCAUUAUCUUCAAUGAAUAAUUAUAAUGAUGAUAAUAAUAAUAUCGCUAGUCUUGUUCGUCGUUUUGAAAGUCGUUUCACUUUUCCUGAUAUUGGAAGUGUUCCUGUUCCGAAAUCAUAUUAUGGUCCUAAAACUUAUCGUGUUGGUAGUAUUAAUAGUAGUGUGAAUAACAGUAAUAACCUCAACGACAAUUACCGUAAUCAAGUACCUUACCGAUUAGCUCCUGCAGCGCCAAGAAAUUACUAA